GCACGCACGCACACGCACGGAGAAAGGGGUAGUACCGCUUUAAGAUGCUCUGACGUCACCUUGAUGCAGGUUUCUGAGAUUUCUUCAUGGACCCUGACUCACUUCAUGUCUGAAUCAGCCGAGGGACUCGCUGCUUCUGUGGAUGGAAACGUGAAAAUUGGGAUUCAGGGAGAAAAGGAAGGGGGGGUGAAUUUAACAAACACACACUGCCGACAGAUCGCUCCAAACUCGGGAUUGAGAACAUUAAAGAACACACAGAAAUAACAGCAUCCUCUUUGCAGACAUCGCCAGCUCCGGGGAUAUAUGGCAAAGCAGUGUUUAUGAAUAACAUUAAUAACAGGCUACCAGAGAGAGCAUUGUGAUUUUGUGAUUGAGUAUUUUUUCCUAAUUUGCGAAUCAAAGAAAGGGACACGGGCGGACGAGGAGGACGGAGAGCAAGGAGUCGUGGAUUUAUUUUUUAAAUAUAUAUAUACAUCAUGCACCUCAAUAUAUAUACAAAGAUUUCUGCAAAGAUGGCUAUUUUUUCGUUUGUUUAAUAUUGAGAAGACCGACAGAUGUUGUGGAAUGCGUUUGCAAUGUAGAUGAGGCGCUCGGAAAUGAUAUAAAAAAACACAUUUUGGUUAUUUUUUACCGUUUGUAUAUAUUUUAUUAUUUAAAAAAAAUGCACGUCUCUAGUGAUCUGGGAGAAAGCAGAGGAGUGUGAGUUUCACAGGGGAUCCGAAGCUAUUUUCCUUUUCCGUUUUUUUUUUUUUUUAUAGAAUAAAAAUGCGUUGAUGCAUUGAGAGAAUCUUGUCGGCGCUGAACAGAAGCCGAACGAGUCUGUAAUUCCAAAUUCAAGAGCAGGGAGGCAGAUAUUGCAAAGAGGAUUCUAUCCGCCGCUCCAGAGCCCAGAGCCGAGCCGAGUGAGGUCUCUGGAGGAUGGAGUGAGCCCCCCUCCCAGCACUCUCAUGAGGGAAGCUUGGGAAGAUGGAACGUAACAGAGAGGAGAAAACAGACAGGCACUGUUCCCUACUAGCGACUGGGCUGCAGGCAAAAAAACAAGAAGCAGGAUUCUAAAAAACAAACAAACACCCAAACACAAUCACCAUCAACCACAUGAAAAAGAGUUUAUUCUUCAAAGGAAGAAGGAAUACAAUAUAUUUAUACCUGUACGGCCGCAUUCAGUGACUUCCUUUCUCAAUUCAAAAUGUUUUACUUCCUCGUUCCGGAAUGGUUCUCCCAAUGCGGGGUCCCAGCAUUCUCCCCUAAAAGGAGGGCGGACACUUGUAUCCUGUGGGUCCUGGGCUUGGCCCUGCCGCUAGCCCUGACCUCGUGCCAAAAAACCGACGGAGCCAGCAGCAAAUACCCACUGGUGACCACCAACUACGGCAAACUUCGCGGAGUGAAGAAAGAUCUCAACAAUGAGAUCCUGGGACCCGUGGAGCAGUAUUUGGGGGUACCCUACGCUACCCCCCCAGUCGGAGAGCGGAGGUUUCAGCCCCCGGAAGCCCCAGGUUCCUGGCCUGAAAUCCGGAACGCCACUCAGUUUGCACCAGUUUGCCCGCAGAAUAUUCACGGGGUGCUGCCGGAGAUCAUGCUCCCGGUGUGGUUUACAGAUAACCUGGAAAUCGUGGCAGGAUACGUGCAGAACCAGAGUGAGGAUUGUCUCUACCUUAAUAUUUACGUACCAACUGAAGACGGUCCACUCACAAAAAAACACGACGAAUCCACGAUCAACAGUCCACGUGAUGAAGAUAUCCGCGACCGACGGAAGAAGCCCGUCAUGCUUUUCAUUCAUGGUGGCUCGUACAUGGAGGGCACCGGGAACAUGUUUGAUGCCAGCGUGUUGGCAGCAUACGGCAAUGUGAUUGUGGUGACAAUGAACUACCGGCUGGGCGUGCUGGGAUUCCUGAGCACAGGGGAUCAGUCUGCCAAAGGGAACUAUGGGCUGCUGGAUCAGAUCCAAGCGCUGCGAUGGCUCAACGAGAAUAUCGGACACUUCGGAGGAGAUCCCGAGAGGAUAACUAUCUUUGGAUCGGGCGCGGGGGCUUCGUGUGUCAACCUGCUCAUUCUGUCCCACCACUCCGAAGGGCUGUUCCAGCGUGCAGUGGCUCAGAGUGGUUCUGCGAUCUCUAGCUGGUCAGUGAAUUACCAGCCCCUGAAGUUCACACGGAUCCUGUCCCGCAAGGUGGGCUGCAGCCUUGGGGAGACGGGGGAGCUGGUGGAGUGUCUGCGCAGGAAAUCCUACAGAGAGCUGGUGGAUCAGGAUAUCCAGCCGGCCCGCUAUCACAUCGCAUUCGGACCUGUCGUCGACGGAGACGUGGUGCCAGACGACCCGGAGAUCCUCAUGCGGCAGGGGGAGUUUCUGAACUAUGACAUCCUGAUCGGAGUGAAUCAGGGGGAGGGCUUGAAGUUUGUUGACGACGGCGGGACGGAGAGCGAUGACGGGAUCUCGGCGGCUGCAUUUGAUUACACCAUCUCCAACUUCGUGGACAAUCUGUACGGGUACCCUGAGGGCAAAGACAUCCUUCGCGAGACCAUCAAGUUCAUGUACACGGACUGGGCCGACCGCGACAACGGCGAGAUGAGGCGCAAGACGCUGCUCGCGCUGUUCACCGAUCACCAGUGGGUGGCGCCGGCGAUUGCCACGGCGAAACUGCACGCGGAAUUCCAGUCGCCAGUGUACUUCUACACCUUCUACCAUCACUGCCAGACCGAGGCGCGGCCGGAGUGGGCUGACGCCGCUCACGGAGACGAGAUCCCGUACGUGUUUGGAAUCCCCAUGAUCGGAGCCACGGACCUGUUCCCCUGCAACUUCUCCAAGAACGACAUCAUGCUGAGCGCCGUGGUGAUGACCUACUGGACCAACUUCGCCAAGACCGGUGACCCCAAUCUCCCUGUCCCUCAAGACACUAAGUUCAUCCACACCAAACCCAACCGCUUUGAAGAGGUCAUCUGGACCAAAUUCAACUCGAAAGACAAGCAGUACCUUCACAUUGGCCUCAAACCCAGAGUGCGGGACAAUUACCGUGCAAACAAGGUGGCCUUCUGGCUCGAGCUGGUGCCACAUCUCCACAACCUUCAUGAUGACAGCUACACCUCCACCACCACCACCCGUCUGCCCCCUGGCACCCCCCGGACUCCUUGGAAGGGGCAUCGCCCGGCCACCACCAAACAUCCGUAUGCCACCCUGCCGCCGGACGACGACGACAUUCCUGAGAGACCCAGAUUUCCCCCUUUCCCAGGAGACACUCGGGACUACUCCACCGAGCUCAGUGUCACGGUUGCAAUUGGCGCUUCUCUCCUAUUCCUCAACAUCCUGGCCUUUGCAGCACUCUACUACAAGCGCGACAAGCGCCACGAGCUAAGGAGGCGUCUUAGUCCUCAAAGGAACCCAGCCAACGAUCUGGCACACAGUCAAGAAGAAGAGAUCAUGUCGUUGCAGAUCAAGCAUUCGGAUCACGAGUCUCAUGAUAUGGAGCCUCUGAGACCUCAUGAGAUACUGCGCCCUGCCUGCCCUCCUGAUUAUACCUUAGCUCUGCGCCGUGCUCCUGAUGAUGUUCCCUUAAUGACGCCAAAUACCAUUACCAUGAUCCCCAGCACUAUAACGGGCAUGCAGCCUCUGCAUGCUUUCAACACCUACCCCAGCACAGGGCACAAUAACACUUUGCCACAUCCCCACUCCACAACCAGGGUAUAGCCACAUGCUUUCAGCAGGACUAAACUUGUUUCUUUCUUUUUCUUUUUCUGUGCUGCUUGGAGAUACUACGGAGUAGUCUGUUGUUUUGAAAACCCGUCAUGGAUGUUUUCUUUUCUUUCUUUCUUUCUUUCUUUCUUUCUUUCUUUCUUUCUUUCUUUCUGGCUUUCUUUCAAAUCUAAUUCAUAUUUGAAGAAGAGGAUGUCUAGUGGGCCCUAGUAUGUGCAUGUUUGCCAAAAUAAGAUUUCAAAAAAGGAAAAAAAUUUCUUGACUUGAAAUCUCCUUCCUUCUUUAUUUCAGCCCUCUGCCUCUCUGCUUCUUUUUUUCUGUCUCUCCCCUCUUUUCAGUUCUUCUUCCCCCUGCUUUUCUCAUCACAUUUUCCCACCAUAUCUGGACUCUUUCUCCCUUCUCCUUCUCUUCUUCCUCCCUCUGUCCUCUCUUCCCUUUUUUCUCUUUUCUCCCACCACAUUCUCCCUCUCACUUCCUCCUUAUACCCUUUUCUGUCUCCAUCUCUCCCUCCAUCUUUUUCUCUGUUCUUCUCCCUCAUACAUAUCUGUCUCUCUCCAUACCAAUCUCUCUUUCUCCUUCCCCCUCCCCUCUCUCUCUCUUCCCCCUUUCUCACCUCUCCUCCCUCUGCACCAUUUGAAGAAAUUUCAAGAGUUGGAAUUCCUGAAGGUUUGGGAUUUGGGGACAAUUCUAACCUUUUAUUCUACCAGCAUUCUUUGUGCCAAGAGUUUUGAAUCCGGACUCCAUUUUUAUGGGGGAACAAAACAAUGAAAAAUAAAAUAGAACGCUAUAUAAAAAUAUAUAAAGUGCCAAACGACUUUUCCUGAAAUAAAAUACAAAAUAAAUUUGUUUGCUCUGCGGAAUCUAUGCAUGGAAAUUCUGAAAAGAGACAAAACAAGAAGUCAGGAUUCGGGGUUGAAACUUCUGUAGAUAUUGACUUAAAAGAAACAGUCCCCUUGGAGUGUCGUUCCAGCAUUCGCACAACCUGAAGAAAACAUUCUCCUCUGUCUUCAGCUGAAAUGUUUUCAUGUCACACUCCACAGAAACUUUCUUAUACAGUCAGACAGACAACUGGAUACAAAACACUUUCUAAUUCUUGAUAUCCCUGCAAAAGAACUAAAUUAUUUUAACAUUUCUGUAAACUUACGGACUACCUUACGCAAGAGAUUUUUAUAUAGGAAAAUCAAUUGUACCCACAGAGAGGUUCAGGCUGGUUCAUACUGGUCAGACACAAUGGAAACAGGUGCCGAUAUCCUGUUUUGAAUUGUACCUGACCUGAGCAACAUUUUGUACACACCCCUGGAUUGUGUGUGCCACUAAAAGCGAGUUUGUAUUUGCAAGCACUUGACGUUAGGUUCUGUUAUUAUUCCAGUUGGGUUCUUCUUUUUAUUACAGACUGCUGAUUGGAAACUCGAAGGCAGUGACUCAUAGACCAAUACUAAAGCACACAGCGCCAACAUCUUUAAGUCUAUAAAACCCAGAGGAUGUGAGGGUCAUUCUGUAUGGGAGGGAGGUCCUUCCAUGCUGUGGAGUUUUACUCUGAAGGACUCCCUUCUGGAAAUGACUUGUGGGGCUGGUGCCACCUUUAAUUUGUAACUUAGUUUAUUUUACUACUCGGUACUUCAGUAUUGUUUUUAAUCAAAGCGUUAAUAAAACUUGAGGAAAAGAAGUUUCAGGUUAACUGAGAAUAAAAGAACGAAAGAUGCAACGAAAUGACAAAAUACUUUAGAACUAGAAAGAACUAGAAAAUAGUGCUAGAACUAGAAAAGUAAAGACAAACGAGCAAAUAAACGAGAGAAACAAAGGAACGAUUGAAGGAAAGAAAAACGAGAAGGAAGAGAAGGAAAGAAUGAAAGAGCAAACACAAAAGAAUGGAAGAAGUUAAUAGAAGGAAGGAAAGAAAUAGAAAAGAACAUGCCAGUUAUAAAAGGGUUCAUUUUUCAUAAAUACUGAUUGCAGAAUAGUUUUCUCCCCUGCUGAGUGUGUUAAUAGGAGACACAUGCAGUUUUAUGUGUGGAUUACACUUGCCAAGGAGGCAGAUGAGCAGAGACACUGACCUCACUCCCAGCAGCCCGGGCGAGGGUAUGAGCAGGUAGUUUGUGUCAAAUCUCUUCCUAAUUCUUCCAGGUGUACAAAACUAAAACAGAAAGCUACAGGAAAUGGAUGCUUGUACCUGUGUGACAAAACAAGACGGCUGCCAAAUAAGGCGCAAAUAAAUGAAUAAUGUACAGACUUUUAAAAAACGUGGUUUUGGGUUUAAACCACAAAAAAACAUGUUGUUCUUUUGAUCAGUAAGAAAGAAAGCAUCCAUCUGAAUGAAAAGCUGAAUAAAAACAUACACCGAAUAAAAUGACAAAAACUCAGAUAUGUUUUUUGUAUGCUUACAGAAUCUUUUCAUUAUUAUUUACCAUUGCUACUGACGGAGAAGAGGACAAUACUACUGUACAUUUUUUUUAAGUAUAAGAAAAAUCAUUUGUAAAUAGUAAGUUACCUGUUGGUUUGUUUUCUUUGACUGAAUGAUCAAAAUAAUUCAUUUUAUGAUGAUAAUGAUGAUGACAAUGCCACUGGGUGCAAUUCUUUGAGUGUCCAGUUAUCAAAAGAGGAGCAUUUCUAAAUUUAAAAUGUGUAUUUCAUAUGAAAAGGACGGUUUAGAUAACAUGGCCAAUGUCUUUUAUUUUAUUUUCUAUAUAAAAUUUCCAGGGAAUUUAUCAGUAUUAAAAAAAAAUAAUAAUAAUAAUUGCCGGGGGGGUGUUUGAGGGUUGAAAAUCUAUGAAAAUUAAUGAAUUUCCCAGUUUUCCAAGUACAUAUCAGGGUUUUAAACUCAAGGUCGGAAAACCCCUGCUUCUGUGUGAAUGAAACCGUGUAAAGCAGGUGAAGUUAACCUGUACCAGUGCUGAAGUGUGUUAAACAGACAGCCCCAUGUUACACGAAAACUCGUUUUUAGUACCUUAAGUUUAUCUACGCAAUGUAUUUUCUUGGUAAAAUCAGUAUUUUCACACUCUUGAUAAUAUUGAUAAGUACCCACCUGUAACUUUUGUAAAACCCAGAAAUGUUUCUGUAAAAUUGAGAAUAAAGAUCCUUGAUUAUAUCGUGUAAAUGCAGUCGGAUCCUAGAUACAUAUCAUAAAACUAAAAGAACGACAUGUAAAAAGGACAAAUUCAUAACAAUUAAAAUAGUUGAUAGUCAAAUGUUACUUCUGUUUCAAAUAAAAGUAAUCAAAUGACUAGUAAUUCUAAUAUUUUACUAUGUACUUUUUUUUUAGUGUAGAUUCAAUAUCUACAGAUUCAGUAUCCAUAGUGUUACUGUACGGUAAUACAUCUCUUUAAAACCACCUCCGGAAAAAGACCACCUCUCGAUUAAGACCGCCCCUGGAUUCAGUAUUAAGAAACAGAAACUCGUCGGAAUCUGUCAGGCUGGGUCCCGUCACCCAGGCUUAUGCCCUCUCACCCCUCAAAAGAGGGUGGCUCCCACUGGACAUAAGGAAUCACCCUGGGCCCCAGUGUUGCAAUAUAGCACUUCAUCUAAGACAUGUUAUGACUGUAUUUCUAAUCUUUCUCUGUUGCCUCAUUCGUUGAAUGUCCCAGUCACGAUUCUCAAAGUCCUUUACGUCAAACUGUAAAUUCUAAAACAUAAAGGCUACUGGCAGCACAAGUAUAGGGCAACUACAUUGGGAUAAGGCUGCCAUUGGCAGAAUGGGACCACAGUAUGCUAACUAUAACCCAUUUACACCCCAAUAUCUUUAGCAAUGGAAAUGGUUCUUUAUUACAGUGACUCGCAGUGGUAGCACAAGGGCAGCUACAAUGGGAUGCUAUUGGUAAAAUGGGACCACAGUGGUGAGAUCAUAUUUUAACAUUGUAAUGGUGUCAGUGUUGAUUGUAUGAAUCAAUCCACAGUGCUGGUAAUCCAGUGCAGUCCAGUACGUACAGGACCAGACAGACAGACAGAAAGUGUGCUAGCGUAUCAAGACCACUGUCUGUCUGUCUGUCUGUACAAUGUCAUAUUUUGAUUCCCACUUUAGAACUCUAGAGGUAUGUUAAUGAUCUCUUUUAUUUUUAAUGGUGGAAUUUGAACAUGAAAGUUAAAAAGCGAUUUCUCCUCACAUGCUGGAUUGGGCACCAGAGACUUGCACCCAUGCUUUUUUUUCCUUUAUUUAAUUCAGCACUGAGAUUUGUGGAGCCGGUGGAAUUGUGUUAUUCCUGGAGUUUCCCUGCUGCUGAUAUGAUGAUAAUGAUGAUGUUUGUUUAAUUUAGAGGUUAUUAUUACACACUGUACUCUGUCAUUCAGGUGUGGGCAGCAUUAAAAACAUUCAUAGCGAA